CGGUGCUCGCGAGCGGGUCGUCGAGACCUGUGCACUUACGACACGCCCACUGGACGACCGCCCGUACCGAGUCAGCGACCACAGCACCAUCAGAAGCAUGCGAAACAAGACGACGCAGAAGAGCUCCGCCGCUUGCGCACUGAGGUGACUAGCCUCAGAAAUCUUGUCUCCCAGCGUCAACCUGAUCUGAACCAUGUCAACGCCGAAGGUACCACCCCAGCCAAGCUUGAUUCCCCGCCAACUAUAGCAUCAGCAGGAUUGAACAAUACUGUCAACCUUCAGGCUGGUAGGUCAAAGGAAGCAUCCAAAUUCCAUCAUCCGAAGGACCGCUCACCGCACGGCUAUUAUGCUAAGCACUCUCUUNUCAAAUUUUUUACAGAGGUAAAAGCCAAUUUUGGGAAUUUCGUUGGCGCAAAACACUCACACUCGUGCUAUAGANUAACACAACUCGUCCCCUUCAUCACUGAAGUCACGGAGGAUUGGCUUUGUCCAGCUGGCGUGAAACUCAAGAAACAGAAAACCCCCAUAUCCAAGGACGAAAACUUGACCCUCGACGCAUUGCUUCCUCCCAAAGAUGAUGCUGAUCUACUGGUCUCCUACUAUCUCGACAACUACGAGCAUCUUCAUCGCAUAGUUCAUGUGCCUUCGUUCAAGAAGCAGUAUGAUGAUUUCUGGCUAUCAGGUCAGUCGCGCUCACCAGCUAUUGCUGCUCUGAUUCUUUCCAUAAUGGCUGUUUCUGCCAGCGGCCCGCCUAUCGGUGAGCGUUAUCAAGACAUAGCUCCACGCUGGGACGUGUCAGUCGAUGAAUGGCUGCGACAACAAAGUCCAAAACGCUAUGAACUUAUUCACUAUCAAGUCUUGUGUCUGAGCUACCUAGCCAAACGAAUGAACAUGAUCCACAAGAAGUUAUUCUGGACAGAGUCAAGCAACCUUCUGCAAAGAGCCAUCCUGGACGAGCUACCCUAUACUGACUCGACGCGCCGCCCCGAAGACGUCUUCAAAGUCGAGAUGAGGCGUCGUAUCUGGCAUGUGAUACGUGAGCUUGAGCUCCAGAACUCAUACGAGUUUGGUCUGCCAACCCUCCUCCAUAACAUUGACUGCAACCUUGGAGCUCCUGCAAACAUCGAGGAUGAGGAUUUCGAUGAGUUCAGUACGCAGAUCCCUGAAUCCAGAUCAGCGGACCACUAUACUCAAAGUUCAUAUCAACUUAUAAGCGCACGCAGCUGGUCACUACGUUUGGAGAUAUCGCGACGCUUGUCUAGUCCCGCCAUCGCUGAUCCCAUGACUUAUGAUGACGUUCUUCGGUACACACACCAGUUGACAGACGAGAUAGCUAAGCUUCCGACUUGGGAUACAUCCUCUCAUAAAAGUCUGCCCUCAGUCGUCCAUGGAUUCCUGAAGUUUCAACUCAUGGAGUGUGUCCUUGCUAUUCAUCGACCAUACCUGCAGAAGGACGGCUCAGCGUUCUGGCUUUCAGAGAACAUCUGCCACCAAAUGUCCCGAGAAAUGCUUCUGCUAAAUUGUCAAAUAAGUGAUCUGGGUCUUCAGNCUCUGACUCGCUUGCGCGAAGAUUUAUUGUUGGGCUCGCUGACUCUAACACGAAUCAUGUUGUUGCAUUCCCCUUGUUCCACUAGUAUCAUCAUGAGCUGCGCCAACUCCAUCAUCGAGCUCAUGGAACGUAGUCUAAAUAUAGCAGCUGAGAGAUCAUUGCGCUGCCGCAAAAGCGAGCCUUGGUGCUUUAUUGUAGUCAGUGCUGCUAUUUCGUUGCUCAAAGUGCAUUUGGGAAUCUGGGAUCGAUCAACCGCCAAAUACUCUUGUGCGCAAGCUUUCCUAGAUUUUCACAAAUGGCAUCCCGCGAGUCAAAUCUUGCAACAACCGACUCCUCAGUCUUCACUACCAGAUGUAUCCAGGGAGUCACACGCUGGUAUCGAUGGCUCGACCCAACUCAACGAGAUCCAGCCAUAUAUAGCAUGGCUAGACGGUGACAUCUUCGAUUUUGGUUUUGACACUUUCAAUUUUGAUGUGAAUGCCAAUGAUAUGCUGCAAGAUAUGUCGACGGCUCCAGUUUAG